UGAUGAAGAAGAAGAUAGAGUCAGCUGAGGAAGACUCCCAACAACAACAACAACAGGUCGACUCUUCAUGGAUUCUAUUGCCCGUGUGCAUUGAUGAUAUUUUGCACUUUGAGCCGCGUUCGUUGAUGGCACUUGAAAGUAUCGAACGCGUGGUUCUCAAGCAGCCUUUGAAAUGGUGCGAGUCAUUUUAAACGAAGUUACAUUUCGGUUUGUCUCUGUGCUGCAAAUGUGUUUCAGGGCACCUCCUCAGGACUCGAAGGGUGAACAUGACAAGCGCAGCGAGGAAAGUCAAUCCAAUGUGGUUUUAUUUUGCAGUCAAGAUGCCACUGGGAAUCUUUCCCUCUUUCUCGCAUCCCGCUGUCCAAUUUGCGUUUGUGUGACAUCUUGAAAUAGACUCGACGUCCUGCCAGCAGCAUUCGAGAAGCCAGAGAGAGGCUGAGCUCAGGCCCGAAGCGCUUCCCGCCCGCCCGCUCGCAGAUGGAAACGCCGGCCGACGUCCCCGACGCCAAGGUGCGCCGUUGACGUCACAUUUUGGACAAAUGUUUCAGCUAUGAGCGUGGACGAGGACGCGCGCUGGCUGGAGUGGGUGACCGAGCAGUUCGAGAGCAUCGCCGGUGACGACAAAGAGAUCGACCUGGACGAGUUCAAGACGGCGCUCAAGGUCAAAGAGUCGUUCUUCGCCGAGCGCUUCUUUGCGCUCUUCGACUCGGACGGGAGCAGCUCCAUCAGCCUGGACGAGCUCCUGGAGGCGCUGGACCUUCUCAUUCACGGCAGCGAGACGGACAAGCUCAGGUUCCUCUUCCGGGUCUACGACGUGGACGGAAGCGGUUCUAUCGAUCCGGACGAACUGCGCACGGUUCUGAAGUCGUGCUUGCGAGAGAGCGCCAUCUCUCUGCCGGAGGAGAAGUUGGACGACCUCACCUUGGCGCUGUUCGAGUCGGCCGAUAAAGACAACAGCGGCGCCAUCACCUUUGAGGAGCUAAAAGCAGAACUGGAAGACUUCCCGGAGGUGAUGGAGAACCUGACCAUCAGCGCCGCCAACUGGCUGAAGCCUCCGGAAGCGGACCAGAAGAAGCGGCGGACUCCUCGGUACCUGACGCGGGCGUACUGGCACAACAACAGUCGCAAGCUCCUGUUUCUGUGCGGCUACGCCUGCCUGAGCGUGGCGCUGUUCGCGGGUGCCGUCCUGCAGCACCGCCACAACAGCGCCUGCUACAUGCUGGCCAAAGGAUGCGGACAGUGCCUCAACUUCAACUGCACCUUCGUCAUGGUCUUGAUGCUGCGUCGCUGUCUCACGUGGUUGCGGGCCACCUGGGUGGUCCGGGUUUUGCCGCUUGACCAGAACAUCCUGCUGCAUCAGAUCGUGGGCUACGCCAUCCUGGGCUACACACUCGUACACACCACCGCGCACAUCUUCAACUUCGCCCAGCUUUCGCAGCGCGGCGAUUUCAGCGUUUGGGAGUACCUGCUGACCACCCGGCCUGGCAUCGGCUGGGUGAAGGGCACGGCGUCCGUGACGGGUGUCGCCCUCCAAGUCGCCGUCUGCCUUAUGGGCCUGUGCUCCAGCACUUUUGUACGACGCAGCGGCCAUUUUGAGGUGUUCUACUGGUCUCACUUGUCCUACGUGUGGGUUUGGACCCUGCUCAUGGUCCACUGCGCCAACUUCUGGAAGUGGUUCGUGGUUCCGGGUCUGGUCUUCUUGCUGGAGAAGAUCAUCGGAAUCGCCGUGUCCCGAAUGGGAGGUCUGUACAUCGUGGAGGUCAACCUGCUGCCGUCUAAGGUGACUCAUCUGGUCAUCAAGCGUCCUCAGUUCUUCCACUUCAAGCCGGGAGAUUACGUGUACAUCAACAUUCCGGUCAUCGCCAAGUACGAGUGGCACCCGUUCACCAUCAGCAGCGCUCCGGAACAAUCUGAGAGUCUGUGGCUGCACAUCCGCUCCAUGGGCCAGUGGACCAACCGUCUGUACGAGUACUUCCGACAGCCGCGGAGUCCGGAGCCGAGUCCGCGGAGCCUGGCGGCGAGCCUGCGGAGCCGGCGGCUGAUAACGACUCCGGAGGAGCUGUUCAGCUCGCCACACUGUAACGGCGCCGUGGCGUCCAACGAGAACGAGGCGGUGGAGCUGACCAUGUACCGUCACAAUGGCUCCCGAGCCGGGAUCACCCCUUCGACCUCGCCGCCAGAAGAGCUCGGGCCUGUGGAGAGAGGCGAGGCCCCGCCCCUCAGAGAGGUUGAUCAUGUUUCCGCAAAGUUUGGCGAGAAUCACCGCUUCUGCAACAUCAAGUGCUACGUGGACGGACCCUACGGUACCCCCACCAGGCAGAUCUUUGCGUCGGAGCACGCCGUCCUGAUCGGGGCAGGAAUCGGCAUUACGCCCUUUGCCUCCAUCCUGCAGAGCAUCAUGUACAGGUAUCGCCGCAGGAAGCAGAACUGUCCCAAUUGCAACUACUCGUGGUGCGAAAACAUAAAGGAUAGCGAAAUGAAGCUACGUAAAGUGGACUUCAUCUGGAUCAACCGCGACCAGAAGUCCUUUGAGUGGUUCGUCAGCCUCCUGACCAAAUUGGAGAUGGACCAGGCCGACGGGGAGCCCGAAGGUCGUUUCCUGGAGAUGCACAUGUACAUGACGUCAGCUUUGUGCAAGAACGACAUGAAGGCUAUCGGCCUCCAGAUGGCGCUGGACCUACUGGCCAAGAAGGAGAAGAGAGACUCCAUCACAGGCCUGAGGACCAGAACGCAGCCCGGACGACCCGAGUGGGCCAAGGUGUUCCAGAAAAUUUCCGAGGAGAACAAAGGGAAAGUUCACGUGUUCUACUGCGGUUCUCCGGCACUGGCCAAAGUCAUUAAAGCUCAGUGCGAACAUUUUGGCUUCAACUUCUACAAGGAAAACUUCUGAAGUGAAAGAAUGGCAACAUUGGCAGAGGUCAAAUGCUGAUGAUCUUCCUGUGCAGAAAACAGUAGGGGGCAGCACACCUCGGUCUCACAAGCUUGAAUGGGACCCACAAAGAUGGAAUAAAGCGCAGUACUGCCAACUGCAGAACACCUCAGUUCCUUUUACGCGCCGCAUUGUACUAGUACUACUACAAGACAAAAUGUAUUACUUUGAAAGUGUAUUUCUGAAAUGCACGAUCACCAACAAAUUCAAAAGAGUAAAAGAAGAAAAGCCUGCAAACGUCCCUUUCAUGUAUUCAUCGUGUAAUGCAUUCAUCAUGUACGUAUGAUAAUCCAUUGUGUAUUUCUCAAGUUGCUAAAUGCAGCGAACUGCUUUCAGUGUCCUGUAAAUAUUUUUAGUUUUGAGACCAACAACAAAAAUAAUAUUAAAUAAAUAGAUGGUUGAUAUUCUUAUCUAGACACAGCACUAUCAAUUUAUGUUGUUCUGAUAUUUGUUUGAAAUGAUUGUUGCUCAUCGUAGGGUUAGUUUUUGUUUUCAAAAAUAAUUUUCAUUUCUAAACUGUGGUUUCAGUUUUGUAGUGACCUGAGGAUGUAAUCAAACAUUUUGUCGUAUAUAAUGUUUAUGUCUAUUGUAAAACUUGACACGCAUUAAAGCUUACA